AUGUGCCGCUGCUUUUCCUUUUUACAUUAACAUCCAUCAUGUCUGCAGUGGAAUUCCAAGCAUCUUUAUCUUUCUCCCAACAGCUGUGUUUUCUUCUUCUUUUUCUUUUUGUUAGGUUUCUUCUCAGCAGAAUUGUUCUUUAAGCGUUUGAAAGCUGAAAUGAGCUUUCCAUCUCCAUUGCUGUCUCUGCAACUUUCUCGUACUUCAAGUUCCUUACGCUUCUGAAGUAUUGUCGAGAAAGAAGACAAACUAGACCCGUAUAUAUCUGCUGGAACAUUUGCAUCUGUUACAAUUUUAUCUUGAUAAUCAUAUAUUUUAUGAAUGAUGAGAGGAGUAAGAUGAUCUCGAGUUCAAGGGAAGCAAAGCAAGAGGGUGAAACCAAUGACGGCGGUGGCGGCAGCAAGUUGUCGAAGGGGCCAUCAUCAUCAAGUUCAAGGCAGUGGUCAUCGUUUAGAAACCCAAGGAUUGUGAGAGUUUCGCGUUCUUCCGGAGGCAAAGAUCGGCAUAGCAAAGUUUGCACGGUAAGGGGAUUAAGGGACCGGCGUAUUAGGCUUUCGGUGCCAACGGCUAUUCAAUUAUACGAUUUGCAAGAGAGGCUCGGUGUUGGUCAGCCGAGCAAGGUGGUGGAUUGGUUACUUGAAGCUACUAAAGAUGACAUCGAUAAGCUCCCUCCGCUUCAAAUGCCUGUGGGAUUUAAUCAGUUUCAUCAGCCAUUGUUGGUUCCUCAUGAAUUGAAUAAUCCUCCAUUUUUCGAUCCGAAUUCGAUGUUGAUGAAAGAUGGUGAAGAUGAAGAUCAGAGAAUAGGAGCUAAAAGAGAUAAGGGGAAAUGGAUCGAUCAUGGAAAUCAUGGCGGAAAUAUUGAGGAUCGUCAUCAAAGGGAUUUUCCAUUAACCACUCAUAAUUCCCCAUUUCCUGGAUUCCUAAACAAUGGUGUGCCUUUGAAUUCAUAUUAUCAUUGGGAGCCUCCAAAUCUGUCUUUGUCUCAGUUCGGACACAAUGGAUUAAUGGCUCCCCAAACCGAAAACUUCUUCAACGGUAACACGACGAGUGUCUCAUUGCCGUCUUCGUCGUCAUCGACGGUUCCAGCGACGACAAUGGCUUCAUUUUUCCACACGUAUCCUCCAUACAGCUCGAAUCCAGACGGAAAUGCCAAUGAUUCUAGGCAAAUGAAUUAUCUGCAAUUGUUGAGCUCAAAUUUUCUAUCCAGUUCCGUCACGAUGAGUUCGAUGAAACCUUUUCAUACACAAGAUGAUGAAAAUCAAGGAGAUGAUCCAAAUGAUACAGAUUGCAGAUGAAGGAAUGAUUGCUUGAACUGCAUUUCAUGCAGAAAAAGUUGAGAUCAUAUUACAAUAAAGGUCCUUAGAUUUAUAUAUAUCAACAAGGAGAAAAGAUGGAGCAGUGGCAGUGAUUUUCAAUUAGUUCUUCAGGUGGAUUAAUUAAAUCCAUAAUGCAGCAGGUAAGAAUGCUUAAUACUUGUGCAUUAUAGAGUUUUUCAUUUGGUAGUUGAUU